GUACACGUCAAGAAGGGCGUAAAUUAAAAAAUUACUUUCGUUUUUAGUUCUUUACAUUAAACUAGUUCGGUUGAAACUUGACUGCCGUUUGCAAACUUGCCUAAAACGCGCUUUUAAAACAUUAAAAGGUAAAAGUCUGUGCCUGGCUGAUCAGCGUGUUAUUUGCAGAUCUGAUCAUUAAUCAAGAUGAGCAACUACGAGGCCGAAUUUGUGGAUCGGAACCGCGCCGCCCUUAUUCAAAGGGUUACAGCAGUGAUGCCAAUAGCAGAUGAGCUGAAAAACAAGAUUCACGAUGAAACAUAUGCAGAGAUUAAAGAAGAAAAAACCAACCAAGGUAAAAUGAGAAAGCUCUAUGAGGCGCUAAAUGCUGGCGGAGACCGAGUGAAAACAGACUUUUACUAUGCUUUGAGAAAUAAUGAGCUAUACCUCUUCAAAGACCUGGGUGGUGUGACAGCUAAUCGUGACGAAACUGAUGUGAACAUGGAGAGAAUACUACAGUAAACUGAACACUCCCUGCACUGAAGACACAGAAGAAGAUCUUGCAAUUGGAAACAGAUGUGACCUGAAAAGAUGCAGCCACCUUAAGAUUAGAGAAAGUUUCAGAAAUGCAGUUACUAAGGGAACAGUUUACUCAGGCAUUUUGACCAAAGAUAUGUCUCUUUCUUAAACGAAACACAAAAGGAGAAAUGGAUCUGUUUAAUAUGAAGGAUGAAUGUAUUGAUUGUUGAAAGUUGAACCUUUCAGAUCUUUUGACCUCUGUUUUAAAUAAGUCAUAUGGGUGAUCAUUUUGUAAGUGAACAUUUUUAAUCCAUAAACAUUUCAUGUUAAGAAUAAAUAUUUGCAUUUUUUUAAGUAUUUUUAUAUUUUAUACUAAGUUUUAAAGCACAAUCAAGUAUCAAAGAAGUCUUAUUAUUAAUUAAAGUGCUGGACAAGUAGCCCUUUUUAUACUAUAGCCAACUAGUAUUGAACUUGGAUGACGUAUACCACUUGUUUUUUAUAUUUUAAAUGUAAAACAUCAUUCACUUGCAACAUGAUGUCACAACAUUUAUAUAAUAAAAUGACAAACACUU